AUGGAUGAAAAUUGUUUUCCUACUCGUGCUCUUUUCUGGUCAUUUUGGGUCAACAUUGUAUUUACUUUUGGUAUGAUUGGUUAUUUUUUAAUGGAUGGAUUUGAUUAUAUGUAUCCAAAUACCCUCAAUUCAUCGUUAUCCUCUGUAAUCUAUGCCAUUCUUGCAGGUGUGUUCGUAAUUGACUGUACUUUGGAAUUAUUAGCAGUUUAUAAUAUUGACAGUAAUACUGAUCGAUAUAUUGCUAUGAUUGUCUCUUGUAUAUUUGAUAAAGUCGGAAGUCAUGCUUAUUUUCUUGGUGCAUUAUUUGCAGCGACAGCUUUCACAAGUUCAAGUACAGUUUUAAUAUGUAAUAGAAUUGGUGUAUGUGGUUUUGCAAUUGGUGCAGCAAUAAAUAUGAUAGUUCCUGGAUCGAGUAUUUUAUAUUCUUGGGCUAAUAGUCUAAACUUGUUAGGAUCGUUACUCUAUGUGUUAGCAUUAAUUAUUAUUAGUGCACCAUUAACACAAAUUAUUGUUAUUCUUGGUGAUUUUGUUUAUGUUAUUGAUUCAAUUUUAUAUAUAAUAUGUUGGUUUUCUGAUCGGCGAUUAGCUAUGGAACAAGGAGAACAAAUCUUAUUACUAAAGAAGGAACCGAAGACUUCGAGUUCUAACACUGAAAUGAUUCGAUAA